AUGGCAACAUCUUUCAACCCGUACCUAUCGUUGAGUAGAUCGAGCUUCCCCAGCAUGCCUUUCCCGAUGUACGACCUGUUGUUUGAUGACGAGCUGGAACGUUUCGCCCUACUUUACGCGCUCCUAUUCGAAUCUGAUGAGGACGAGGACGACGGAGAGGAUGAAAUCGAUGAGGAGUUUGAUGAGGAGUUCGACGAGGAGUAUGAUGAUGAGGGAGAGGAAGAGGAAGAGGAAGAGGAAGAGGAGGAGGAGGAGGAGGAACAAGCUGACUCGGACCGAGAAUGCACCAAGAAACCGUUGGACCUGACGUGGCUCUUCAAGUUACCGGACACCGAGUUCAGACAGACCACUCGAAUGUCGAAGACUAGCUUUCUCUGGAUCUUCAAUCAAGUCAAGGACAAUCCAAUCUUUCGAAAAGAUGGCGGACCUCAACUAUCUAUUGCCCAGCAGCUUGCACUGACGCUCGAACUACUCGGAUGCAGUGGCCAAGACGGAUCAGCAGGGCCACUGGCCCGUCGGUUGGGGCUCAGUCGUCGGGAAGUGAUCAAAGUCAUCUGUGCCCCCAUGCAAGCCAUCAACGCCCUUGCCCCGAAAUACGUGACCUGGCCGAGCCCAAACCGGAGACAGCUGAUCUCGCAUGACAUGAAGGAAGAAGGAUUCGAUGGUUGUGUGGGCUCGGUUGAUGAUCUAACCAUCCCCUUAUCCUAUCCACUCGGCGAAGAAUCCUUUCAAAAUAGUCAGACCGGACGUUGCACGAUGAAUGUUCAGAUCAUCUGCGAUUCUAACAAACGGAUCACUGCUUUCUUCGCUGGCACACCUGGGGAAUGGAGAGGAAGCUUGUCUUAUGAGAAAUCUUCACUACAUAAGAACCCCAAGAAGUUCUUUGAUCCAGGUCAGUAUCUGAUUGCCGAUUCAGCGUAUCGUCCGAGCAGUACGAUCGUCCCACCCUCCAACUCCCCGGGUCCGAAAGCGAAGACGGAUGAAGAGUUUGACUUCUGCUUAGCCAAGUCGCAUGUCCGGAGUCAGAAGACGAUUGGGGCCUUGAAAGCCCGAUGGGCAUCGCUCAACGAGAUCCGAUUCUCCCGAUCAGCCGCGACGAAACACUACAUCCAUUGGGUCCACUGUUGUAUCAUCCUCUAUAACAUGCUCGCUCAGUUCGGCGAUCCCUGGGAACAGCUCGACGAGCAUCCAACCUCCCCGCAAGCCUCCGCCCCCACCGUCCGUAACACUCGCGCUCUCGACUCCUUUCGCUCAUCCGUCAAGACUAAAUGCAUCGAACAUAAUUAUCGGACCGGUGUUCUGCCCAUCCAAAAAUAG